ACUCGCAAGCACACAUGUGGCUGCGACGCUGAGUCGGAAUCUGGAUUACUUUGAGAUCUGAUCGCAAACUCGCAGCACCGUCUUUACUCUUUUCCGCUGGCAAAUAAAAGUGCAACUUGCAGAUGGAAUCAGUGUUGCGCUCAAACGAAAUGCAUUUCGGCAAUCGUUUGCAGUCAGCAUAAGUGCGGAAAAUCAAAGUCUCAAAAUGUUUUGAUUGUGCUCUUCUUCGCAUCGCGUGUUUGCUUGUGUGGGUGUGCGGGUGUGCGGCAAAAGGCGCUAAACCAACACCAACAAUCGUGCACAUACCGUUUCUGUGAUACUGGGUCUGUUUGCAAAAACAUGACUUACGAACUGCCGCCAAUCGUAUUAAAGGGCAAAGAACUGAUCAAAUACCGCCAUCUGAAGCGCAAAUAUCCCGUGUCCAAGGCCUUCCUGCAUCGCAACUGGUGGAAUGUUAAGCGGUUCUUAAUCUACGCCCUCAGUCCACGCUGCGUGAUCCGAAAUUAUGCCUGGCGCCGGCGGCGCAGCCAUCGCGUCCGGAUUGUGCGACGUGUCCGCAUCCUGCUCUUCGAUCCGCGUCUCAAGCGGAUGAUCAAGCGCCGCCUGCAGAACGUCCGCCAGUGGUCCACGACCUUGGUGGCUCACUACAAAAAGAUGGGCAGAAUCGAGGAGUACGAGGAGACUGAGGUGUACAGUGUGGCCGAACCGCUGGGCGCCGAAGAGCUUUCGAAGCAGAUGAAGCAGCAGCUGGAGCUGCUAAAAACCGGGAAGCGGAGUCUCUCCCUCAUAGAAGACAACAAUCCCAGUGUGGAUGUCCCGGCGAAAAAGGCCAAGGAGCAGAUUGAGGUUAUCCAGGAGACGCCGGAUGAUGACGCCGCCGUUCAGCUGGAUUCACUAGUUGGCCCCUCCAAGGAGGCAGCCGAAAGAACGCCCACGAAGUCACCUGCUCAAGCUGCUGCCUUGGAGGAUGCCCCCACCCCUGCCACACCCAGCAAGGAGCAGAGCGGCCAGACCAGCACCUGCUCCAGCGCCGAGAAGCCGGACAAAGCGGAGAAGGCCGGCGGCAGCAAGUUCCUGGACAUGCUCAUCAGCAAGGUGCGCGUGAAGAACUUUGCCCGCGAGGCUAACAUUCCCUCGGAAUCCUUAGCGGCUCCGGCCUUCGUCUCCGAGGACGAGGGCAGCGAGGACUUUGUGGGCUUCGACGAGAGUGUCCACCAGCCGGGCAUGCUGCUCACGCCGCUGGUGCCCACCAACUGCCAGACCACGGAGGGGAACUCCGCCUUUGUCAGUGAAACGCUGGAUGCGUAUAUGCGGGAGCAUCACAUCAACGACGACGAAAAGGACGACAAGGACAAGUUGCUCGAGCCGAUGGGACACGAUGGCCAGGUCACCUCGCACAGCAUGCCGCCGCCGAUGGACAUGCCAGCCGUUCCGGAGGCACUGCAGCGCUUGCGAACGGUGGCCGAGAGGCGGCAGUACCUGCAGCGCUGCAAGAACCACAAGAUGGGCAUCAUCAACAACGAGGCCAACAUAUACAGGGAGCUGCAGCGCAAGCAGCGCCAGCGAAAGGUGAAGAUCGGGGCCAUGCAGGGCCUGCAGGCGCCAUCCUCUCAAAUGCCCUUCACCCGCCAGGGCUGGCAGGCAGCCAGUUAUGUGGCCACCGAGAACUCCAACUACUACUACCAGGUAAUCCAGGUGGAUGGAGAGAUGGUGCGCCUUCCGGGCGCCCGAGGCAAUAAUCUUAGGCGCGAGAAGAGCCCCUACUUGAGCCGGUUAACUUGCAAGGAAAAGAACGAACUGAAGUGCAGCAGCCAGUGCCUGGAUGCGCGCAUCAGCCGGGAGCUCAGGGUGAUUCCCACACAAGUGGCUCCACCGAGGAACCCCAAAAUCCUCAACCAGUUUCCGCUACCCGCCAUUUUUCGUCCCUGCCCACUGUCCAUGAAACCGUUCCAACGACCGCUGGACGAUGACACGGCCGCAUUGCUGCUCGCCGGCGGAAGCAUGGCGGUGGUUAGCAUGCCAAACGUGCAGCUGGACGUGAUGCCCCAGCUGGGCCGUCCGCUCGACGAGAUCGCCAAGCGGUAUCUGCAGCACAUCCUGCCCCAUCACGACAUAACGCGCGAGUGGGCCGAGUUCAGUGUGUCCACGCUGCAGACGCCGCCCGCCUGCAUGCGGGAUGCCGAGGAGCAGGCUUCGCAAACGCCAGCCGGUCGCCGCAAGAGUUUCACCUUCGUCAUUCCCUACCUCAACGAUCGGAAUCACAUUCUGGUGCGGCGCGUGGUGGAUCGAUCGGAGCAGUUGGACGAAAGCUUUAACGAGGUGCCCGAGAAACUGCAGGAGUUCACCUUCCGGGAAAAGCUCUUGCUCUCACCUCAACCGAAUGCCGAUGUGCUCGCCUGCGCGGACAUGAUCAACGACAUGAUCAACACUGUGGCCAUCAGCUGCAGCGAGAACAGUUUCAUAAGCGAGGACCCGGAUGCGUUGAACGUCAGUGCUGCACUGGGCAAGUCGUCCGAUCUGAGUCCCGCCAAGGAGGAGGCUGGCAAGGAUGCGGUUAAGUCUGGUGGCAAGUCAAAGCGGCUGCCCAACAAGCAGAAGCGCCUGGCCAGCGAACUCAGGCGAUUGAAUGCCACCAUCAUAGACGCCGCUGCCAGAAAUGCUGAUGCCAACAAGCCCUGCGCCAAGGAUCACUGUCAGUUGGGCUGCCUGUGCGCCAGCUUGGCAGGCACAGAGCUGCCUGUCCGGGAUCAUUGCGGCAGGGCAGAGUGUGUCCUGGAUUGCCGUUGCCUGGGUGCGGAACAGGGUCGUGUUAUGCGCGUGGAGGCUGCCGAUGGACGAGGAAUUUCCAACGAGGAUGCGUUCAAUUUGCGUCGCAAGGCCACUGCGCGGCUGGCCAAAAUGGAGAAGGACUUCACCUCUACAUUGGUGCUCACCGACAAUGAGACGCUGCUGAUCAACGAGUCGCAGGGCGACAAAAAGCGACGCUGCACAAAGGCUCCCAAGCGGUACGAGGAUUUCGAUGACACCAUGUUCGACGAGGAGGAAAAGGAUGUGGUCUCACCCACUACGAAGAAGCAGAAGAAGAUUGCCGCCGCUGCUGCGGCUGCCGCUGCGGCUGCUGCGGCCGCUGCUGCUGCUGCAGCUGCCAGUGCCAAGAUAGCUGCUCCUGCCCUAAGCGAACCCUGCUCGGUGAAGGACACGGAUUUUGCCAAGUUAAAGCAUUGCUUUGUGGGACUCCGUCGCUUGCCAGACAUUGAUAACUUGGCCACGUUCUGCAUGACCCACCAGCUUUACAAGUGCUUUUGCGGCGGAGACUCGCCGGAUGGAAAGCCCGUGGUGAUCGAGAAGGAGCAGUGGAACGCACCGGUGACCCACUUCAAUCCAGACCUGGCCACCAGGGCUCACUACAGUUUCGAGCGGCCGCCCGAGGAUGUGCCGAUAAAGAAAAAGGGCAAGGAAAAGAAGUUCAAGCCAAAGUUGGAGCAGAAAGCAAUUGAAGAGGAGCCAAUGCCAAAGAUCCAGGAAGAGGAGUCUACUCCACCCAAGACUGAACCCAAAGAAGAGCCGAAAGUAUCUCCGACCUUGUUCAAUGAUGAGUCUCCACUCCAGCGUUCCAUUGAGUUGGACACAAUCUUCAGCUACUUCCGUUCGCGACCUAAUAUCUGCCGGCGGGCCAUUUCCGUGCCCAAGAACUCCUACCAGCGCCUAAACAAACGGCGGGCGGAACGAGUGCGUCACUACAUGUCCCGCCAAGAGACUGCAGAAAUGUUGGAGCUGCUGAAGACUCGCAUGCAGGGCUCCAUUACCUACUACCGCAAGGAACUCGAUCGCCAGCGCAAGCGGGAGCAAAGCAAGAUGGCAAAAACCGCCGCCAACGCCCCUGUCAUCGAGGUGCGUGACGAUUCCGAUGGAAGCAGCGAGGUGGGCAGUCGAAAGCGGAGCGGAAAACCUGAAAAGGGUCCGACUUCAAGCAAGCGCAUGAAGCUCCAGUCGGAGGCACCCAUACCCAUACCCACACCCGAAACCGCAUCCGAACCCGCACCCGCACCAUCGCCUCCAGAGGAGGAGAAUAAGUUGGACAUUCAGGUGCCCCGCAUCGCCGCCUGCUACUCGCUGAAUGCCGCCUCCGUGGAUGUUUUGGGUUCUGGCAUGGCAAACGCAGCCGCGGCAGCUGCAGCCGCAUCUGGAGCGGCACACAGUUCCGUCGAGACGGACUCUCCCAACUUCCGGUCCUUCUACAACGAAGUGGUCAAGAACAUGAACACCCUGGUGAGCAAAAAGAUGCAGGACAUUGACCUGGCCCUGCAGCGCGAGAGCAAGAUCAUUCCGGCCCCCAACGAGGAGAUCCUGUGCAUCAUCAAGUGGACCAACUUCCUGGCCGCCUUUGAGUCUGGAUUCGUGUUCAUUUGGGACGUCCAGAUGAAGACGCACAGCUUCCUGGCGGCCACCACGGCCAACCUGAUGCCCUCGGUGUGCGGCGCCAUCGGAGUGGUGAACACAAAGUUCGCCCCGGAUCCGCAGGCAUUGCCGCUGAUGGCUCGCAUGCUGAUGAACUCGACGCGGAACGAGAACACCAACCGUCUGGCGGUGGUGAUGCAGGGCAGGCAGAGCUUUUGGCUCGUCAAGGGAUUCCUGCGCCACAUGGAGGGCAAUGCCUGCACGAAGCCCACACCGAUGACCCAUCCGCUGCUCACCAAGAAGAUCAAUGUGCUGUGCUCGCUGCUGGUGAAGCAGCGCAUCCGGGAGCACCAGAAGAAGCUGCAAGGCGCCGGAGGAUCACCCUCUGAGGUCUCUGACAAUCUGACCGCCGAUGUUCCCCCGCCACCUUCGCUGCUUGCCAAGCAGCGUUCUCGGGAGCACCAGAAAAAGCCGACCAAGAGCGAGGAAGCCUCUUCUCCGCCGGAGAGUUUGUCAUCCCUUGGAGCUGCAGGUGGUCGAGAGCCCAACUCUGCUGCGGUUCAUAUUUCUACUUCUGGAGCGGCUGCUAGUCCUGGCGGUCCAGCCUGUGCUCUGUCACCCGGCAUCAAAGCCAAGAGCAGCGUCUCCGGAAUCCGUAGCAACAUCGAGUUCCGAAAGGUUCACCCCAGUGAUGUGGACGAACUGCAAGUGCCCGAGGUGCACCAAUCCGACCACCGUUGGGUGGUGCUCGACAUCUUCGAUGACUUCUCGCACAUCUUCGUGCCGGCCUUCGGGGACAUGAUCUCGCUGACCAGGAUCCACAGCGUGAUGAAGGUGGCCGAGGAGACGCAGAAGGUGGUGAAGCUGCAGUUCUUUCCCAACGCGCCAUACGACGCCUUCGUUGCGCCCUGGUCCAAGAAGAAGAUCUUCUUUGGACCGCUGAGCCUGGACAUGCAGCCGCCGGUGUUGGUGCUGCUGCAGAGCGUGGACCGCAAGAUGAUGCUGCGUGAGGUGUACCAGCGGGAGCACUCCAUUCCCGUCCAGCGCCAUCGCCGGAGCAUGGCCCUCUGGGUGUUCCACGUGAACGGGCAGACGCACUUCGAGAUCGACAUGGAGUCGACGGCCAAGCUGGCGGCCCAACAGACCUCUGGACUCAAUGUGGUGAAAAUACCUUCCCAGUUGUCUGUGGAAUUGGAAACGAAAGACGUGACGGUUCCGCCAGUGGUGAUUAUCGACAGCGAUGAGGAGGACGACGAUGCGGAGGAUCAGCUGGUCAUCGAUGAGCAGCAGGACCAACAGCUCUUGACGGAGAUCAAGCAGGAAGAGCUAACGCGCACAAACUUCACCAUACAGACGAUGCCCACCGGCAGCGGCGCAUUGCAGAUCACAACCACGGAUUCGGUAGUUCCGCGUCCGCCCAAGGAUGUGACCACCUGCCAGCUGACCGGCGGCUUUAUGCCCUACAUUGCGAACGUGCCCGCCAAGAAUGGAGAGGCGGCACCCACCACCCAGUACCUGACUCCCCAAGUGCAGGUGACCACGUCGGUGUCGGCUCCCGAGGCUGCCUCCUCGCCCGGUUCCUCCGCCCAUCCGCCGCCAGCCAAGGUCAGUCGCCUCCUGAUGGCGCACAACAAGAUCAACGAGUCGCUGCAGGAGCUGCUGAGUAGCGGGAACACCGUGACUCCCGGCGGCAUAACGAUCACCAAGCUGGAAAGCAAGGACAAGAAACUGCCAAGUGAAAGCGUUCAGAUUGGCAGCAAGCGCAGCGCAACGGGGAUUGCCAAACAAGUGUCCAAGGCGGUACCAGCACCGGGAACGGUUUUCUCGGUCGGUCAGCAUGUCAUUAGGCCAUUGGCGAACACCAAUCUCAAAGGCAUUCAGCCCAUACGAUCCGUGGCAGCGGGAACGGGAUCGGGAACAACGGGUACAGGAGCGAACGCUGUUGUUAAGUUGUAUCCCCGACCAGCAGUAGUCGGUGGCAAGCGGCAAUCCAUGCCGGCGAAUGCUAAGCCGGCUGUGACGGCGGCAUCCCGUCAAUCGCUGCCAGCCAAAGUGGCAAUUGCCAGUGAUAAACCAACUCCGGCGAGCACCUCCAAGUUGCCUGUGCUGCCGGAGCCAUCCGCACGCGUCUCGCUGCCCGUGAAACCUUCAACUGCCGCGGACCAGCUGCCCGCUCGGUCAUCUCAGCCAGCAAAAUUGAGUGCUGCUCGCCCGGAAUCGGGGGCGUCUUCUGGCCAACAGCCAGCCAACUCACCGGGCAGUAAGCAGGGCAACGAAGAAGACUGCUGUUACGGAAUCAUGGGCGCCAAGGGAUUGCCGCGCUUUCGCGUCAAAGUCCAGGGCUCCGUGUUUCUGGUCAAGGUGCCCGAAAAUGGAGUGCUGCGCUUCAAGACCUUCGGCCAAGCCGCCAGCUUUCUCAAUUGUCACGUAGCGAAGAAUCCUCAACUCAAGGCACUCCUGCCGGCGCAGUGGAAGUUCCUGCCGCUGGAGCCCAACAAACAGGUGUCCAUGGCGAAUAGCACCUCAAAUGUGCCAUCUAAAAAUCAGCAGCCACCGGCUGCCAUCGUAAUCGAAGAUUAAAGCGUUAUCCCUUGAAUACGCCCAUCACAUUUAUAUUACGUUUAUUUUAGUUGUUUAAGGCAGCUCACAUAUACACUCCCGCUUUUUCGGAUACAUAUUAAAUAUGUAAACUAGUGAUAGUUGUUAGGCUAUUAUUAUUUAAUGUUCUAAUUGAGUUUGAUUAUGGUUACCCAUUUUUUUUUUUAAAUUAAAAUCAACGUAUUAGCGGCGACCGCAACGAAGUCAAUGCAAACAUUUAAUAAAUUUAAAUGUCUUAAAUAUUUAAGAUAAGAGAGAGAUCAUAUUCGAUAUUAUACUAGGAAUUAUAAUUAA